AUGCCGAGCUAUGUGAAAUUCCUUAAGGAUAUACUUGCUAACAAAAGGAAGAUCGGGGAAAAUGAAACAGUUGCACUAACAUAUGAGUGCAGUGCACUGUUUCAAAACAACAUCCCCACCAAAAUGAAAGAUCCCGGUAGUUUCACAUUGCCCUGCUCAAUAGGGGGAAAGAAGGUCGGAAAUGUGCUGUUUGAUUUGGGGGUGAGUAUAAACUUAAUGCCCUUGUCGAACUUCAAGAAGCUAAAUAUCGGCAAUGCAAGACCAACCAUAAUUACAUUGCAGUUAGCCGAUAGAUCAAUAAUGCAUCCCAAGGGCAAGAUAGAGGAUAUACUUGUGUAA